UCAACACAGCAGACCAGCGGCUCCUACUCUCGCGAGAUCUGCGGUUGCUUAGCAAUUGACGUCAACAGCUCGAUUGAUGUAACUAACACCAGUACAACUAGAACUGUAAGGAUUCACGAAUUUUAUACUGACUUUUCCAUUCAUAUAAUGGAGGAGACAAAGCCGGUAGGAGAAGACAUGUUUGAGUCCUUGGAGGAGUUCCACAUGGUCCUCAAUGAGCUGGCCGGGGACAAGAGCAUGGACAAGGUCCGGGUGGAGUACGAGAAGCUCAUACAUGCACUGAAGAAGUCCCGAGAGAAUGAGAAGAGGCUCAUGUCGAAAUGCAGAGAGCUGAAUGCAGAAGUUGUGUCCACCUCGACAAAAGUGGCAGCUGCCCUGAAACUGUCCCAGGAUGAUGAGACAACCAUAACUUCACUAAAGCGGGAGCUGGACAAAGCUUGGAAAAUGGUUGAUGCUGCACAUAAUAAAGAGAAGAGGGACAAAGAGGCCAUCAAUACUUUAAAAGAAGAAGUUGCCAACCUAAUGAAAAUGGCUGAACAACAAGCUGGCUUCUCUACGGACCAAGAGCAGAGUGAUCUACUAAAAAUGAAUCAGGAGUUGACUAAAGAGAGGGAUGAUCUGCUGACAACGACAGAGGCUCUGAGAGAGAAACUGAACAAGGCUAUUGCCACCCAGCAGGAAAUAGAGGCCCAGCGAGAUAGUGCCUCAGAAAAUAUUUCUCAGCUUCAGCAGGAGCUCCAGGUCCAACAGAAUGAGAUUUCGCGUGAGAUGAGGUUGAAGGAAAAGCUGGAUAAGGAGGUGAAGCAGCUGCACAUCGAUUUGGAGGCCAGGAUGGGGGAAAUGAAAGCUGUGAAUGUGCAGGGCCAGAGGGCCAAAGAAGAGCAGCAGAGACUGGAGCAGCAGCUCAAAGAGAUAAAGAUCUUGAAUGAGCGAACUACCAAGGACCUGGAGCAGAUGCAAGUGAAGAACAACAAGCUGCUGCAGGAGUGUGAGCAGCUCUCAUCAGUCAAAGAACAUCUCUCUUUGGAAAAUCAGCAGACCGCAAAUGAGCUCAAGAUGAGAGAAGAGGAGGUGAAUCAGAUGCGUCAGGAGAUUGCCAAACAGACAAAGAUGAGAGAGGCUAUCCAGAAGAAGUUCCACCAGAUGGAGGAUCAGAAAGCUGAUGUGGAUGUGCAGAGGGAGACACUGAAAGCUCAGAUAGCCGGUCUGGAGAAAGAUCUUGAAUCUUCCCAAAAGCAAGUUGAAACUGACAGGAAAGCCAUAGAAGAGCUUAUCCGAGAGAGAGACAUCUUAAAUAAGAACAUGAUCAAAGCUGCACUGUCAACGGAGAAACAGCAGAACAUUGUGAAGCUCCUGGAACAGGACAAGAAGACCUUGGAACACGAGAUCAGUGGCUACCGCCACGAGGCCCAGAAGCAGCGCAAGAUCAUCCAACAGCUGGAGAAAGAACGGGACCGCUACAUCAACGAGACCAGCAACCUCAUGCAGAAGGUGCAACAGAAAGUGAAUGACGUUGAAGUGCGAGAGACGGAGCUAUUUGAUUGGAGGAAGAAGGUCACUGAGGCAGAGUGCCAGCUCAAACAGCAAGAAACCCUGCUGGAGUCUGUUGUUUCUGAAAGGAACCUCUACAGCAAAAACCUCAUUGAGGCUCAGGAAGAGAUUGCAGAGAUGAAGAGGAAGAUGAAGACCAUGAACAACCAGGUCACUCGACUGAGAGACGAGAUCACUGAAAAGGAGCUUGCCAUCGCCAAGGAUCAGCAGGAACACAAGCGUUUGGAGAAGGAUAACGAGGCUCUCAAGGGGGAGCUGCAGUUAAUGAAGCUCCAGCUUGAAGAAACAAAGCAGCAUGUUGACAGCCAGAAAGCGGAACAGCAAAAACUGCAGAAGAUUAUAGCCGAUGCUGACGCUGAGCAGGUCCAACAGAAGAAACAACUUGAACAGGUGAUCAGAGAGCGAGACAACCUGGGCAAACAGCUGCUGCAACGCAACGAUGAGCGUGCGCUGCUGUUUGAGAAGAUCAGGAUCCAGCAAUCAAUCCUGAGCAAGGGGGACUUCCACUACAACCAGCGAAUGGAUGACAUCCGCCUGCUCAAGCUGGAGAUCAAGAGGCUCCAGCGCAAGAAGAGCAUCCUGGACAAGACUGUGCCCAACACAGAGGACCUGAGACGAGAGCUGUUUCACCUGCAGAGGGAGCUGCUCAGAGAGAGGAUGAGGAACAGUGUCCUCGAGGAACAGCUGAAGCCCAUAAAUAUUCACCGAUGGAGGCGACUGGAGGGCAAUGACCCGGGCAAAUAUGAACUCAUCCAGAAGAUUCAGUCCUUACAAAAACGACUGAUCGCCAAGCACCAAGAGCUUGAGGAGCAUGAACUCCUUUUACAGGAAAAGGAGAAGCUGUAUGUGGAGUUGAAGCACAUUCUGGCCCGGCAGCCCGGUCCAGAGGCAGCUGAGCAGCUCCAGCAGUGCCAGUGGACCAUCAGAGAGAGAACCAAAAAGCUCAAGGUGUUGAUAGCAGAGCUGAGAAUGCUCGACUCCAAGAUGAAUGAGUACAAAAGUGAGAACCAACGAUUAGCUAAUGAGCUAGCAAACAUUAAGAAGAAGUACCUCAGCGAGAAAAAGCUUCACAGUGAGCAGAGGACCAAGACCAAGGUGGAGCAGCUGGAACCCCUGCCCCAGCUCAGCAGCAAACCUCAUUUCACUGGGGGUGGCUUCAAGAUCGACAACCCUGUGAGAAGAUAAUGGCCUUUAUAAGGGAAUAUUUUAGAAGCCUAUUACCACAUCACAUGACAUUAUGAUUUCAAACACUGUGCAUUUCACUAUGUAUCAUCUUCUCUGAAAAAAGACUUUUACAAUGUAGAUGCGUAGUAUUUAAUUAUGACCACAAUGCAGAUUUUGUAAUAACACAGAAAUGCUGCUAAUUUCCAUUGGGCAAUCAGGAAGGAAAUAGCUUUCACUCUAUAAUACAUCCUGUUCUAGGAUACAUUU